AUGCGUCUGUAUAAAUUGAAGCAAGGAAACAACGUGGGCUGUGCUUUCAUUUUAUAUAGCCACCGAAAUGGUUCGUCUCACAGAUCGGCCUAUAAACUAGGUCCUCAUUGUUCGGUACCACCGGCGGAAAUUCUGGCCAUAGCCAAAGCUAUUGAACAUGUCUACUCUGAUUGGUUUUCUCCGAACAAGACAAUAACAAUUUAUACAGACAGCACCACAGCCUCAAUAGCAAUUUUACACAUAGUCACAUACUGGGUGCGCGGACAUUCCGGUAUAUCCGAAAAUGAAGCUGUUGAUGCUCUUGCGAAAAAGGCAGCCAACUCUCAACUUAUACACACCUAUACGAGAAUCCCAUUAUCAACGAUAAAGAAUUGGAACUUCCAACGUUCAGUAAAACAGUGGCAGGAAGAAUGGGACAGUUGCACCACCGGUAGACAAACCCACAGUUUCAUACCAAAUAUUGUUCAUCGCCUUGAAUGGAGAAACUUCACCUCAUCCUUUGCCAUGAGUCAGAUCUUAACUGGUCAUGGCAAUUUUAAUGCCUAUCUUAAGAGAUUCCAUAUUCGUGACUCCGAAGAGUGCUACUGUGACAACGUCUCUCGACAGGACACAAAUCACUUCCUAUUUGACUGUGCUCUCUUCAACACAGAAAGGACAAAUCUCAUUAUGUGCGUGCUAUACGAAGGAUUCAAUUGGCCUUGUUCACUGUGCACCCUGAUAGACAAUAAAAACAUUUACAAGGCUCUUGAGAAAUUCAUCAACGAAACCAAGGCGCUUUUCCCUCCAAGGGACGUUCAAGAUAACAAAAACGAUGAUGGAAACUAA